CAUGUAAUAAGGUAAUAAGCCAGAAAUCAAAGCACUUUUGACCAAUCAGGAUGCGGAGCAGAGGCUGUGCCUGCACCGGCCGGCUGCUGUCACACACUCCGUGGACAAAGCUGCAGCCGUAGCAGACCUGCGGCGGUGACAGCAAGAUGGCUGAUGUUGAGCUGGUGAAGAAGAUGCUUCGAGCUGUCCUCCAGGCCAACAAAGGUGGAGUGUCAUUGUCCCGUUUGAAAUCAGAGUAUAAGGAGCUGACCGGGGAGCACAUACCACACAAACAGAUGGGAUACAACCACCUGGACACAAUGCUAGCCAGCAUGCCCUCUUUAUUACGCAUGGAGCGAAAUGCCUCUGGAGAGACAGUGUGUUAUGAGACAACACAUUUAGCCAAGGUCGUGGCUCGUCAACGCAGCUCUAAGAAGACAGGUCGACCCCACGUCGUUAAUACCCAGAUGAGGGUCAAACCAGCGGCCCCACUCGUCUUCAAUGCUAAACCUCAAUCCUCACUGAGGCAGCCCAACUACCGGGGGCGAGGUUCAGGUAGAGGAGGAGGCCGAGGGGGGGGGCAUGGAGACUUCAAACAGGCAAGAGAAAUGAGGGAUGACCAGUCAGAAGGCAAGACUGGGACACAUUCCAACAAGACGUCCAAUCAGAACGCACCUAACAGGAAGGGGAACCAACCUGCAGAGAAGUCUGAAAAGAGGAUGAGCCUCCCGUCAAGGUUUCAGAAGGAGGUGCAUGCUCACCUUUCCAGAAACUCCCAACACUCAGGUGCGCCCCUGAACAUGAAUGAAAGUCUUAGCUCAGGGAGAGGAAGGCCCUACAACCCUCAGCAGGUUCAGACUCACAUCAAGGAGAUACUUGGGAAGUACAGUAAUGGCUUCUGGGUUUCAAAGCUGCCCCAGAUCUACAAAGAGCUGUACAAACAGGAGCUGCCCACGGAGGCCAUCAGAGACCUAGAGGGAUGGACUCACAUAUGCACGGUAGAGAAAACUUCCAGCAGCAACACAUCAGAGCUGCUCCUGUACCCCGCCAAGGAACAGAACGCCACAUCCUUUCCUCCGAUCAUUCUCAGUCAGAACUCCCCUUCCUCCCUUGUUCCCACUUCAAACAAUACCACAGAAAAACAAACAUGUUCCCCUGCCAACCAAGGAUCCACUCUGACCCACUCUGCUUCUCACUCUUCUAAGUCUCCAUCGUCAUCCCCCAGCCCCCCCUCCUCCCCUGCCACCCUCAGUCCUGACCUGAAGUUGAAACUGGAGGAGCUGCUGGUUAAAUACUCCAAUGGUCUGUGGGCCCAUGCACUGCCUAAGCUCUUCCAAGACACCUAUAAAAUCAAACUGCCUACACAUGUCCUGGAGAACCUCCACCUCCUCUCUGACAUCUGCACUGUCGACUACCCGAUGCCAGACAACCCUAAGAGGGCCAUCCUGUACAGAAGCCGGUGUGGAGGAGAAGAGGAUUGUAACCAAAGAAAACCUUCACAGAGUGAGGAGGAGCUGAGUGUUACGCAUGAGCCGGGGAAGAGGCAAAGUUACCAGGUGGUGCCCCCUCUGCAGAUCCCCAAAGAGGAGUACCCAUCUGUGCUGGUGGUGGAGGCCACCAACACCAAUGGAGUUCUAAUAAGGUACAUUGGUGAAGGAUACUCCCAAGCACAGGAGUCCAUGGAGGACCACAUGAGGGACUUUUAUGGCUUAGACCAAAGAAGUCCAGCUCCUGCUGCAUCCCCAUCCUUGGGGCAACUUGUUGCUGUAAGGGCUGAGGAGGAGGAGGAGAUUCUAAGGGCAAAAGUGUAUGAGGUCAUGGCAGACAAGGUCAAGGUGUACUAUGUGGAUCAUGGCUUCUCAGAAACAGUUUGCAAAACCAAAGUGUUUGAGCUGCAUGAGAAGUUUCUCCAGCUGCCUUUCCAGGCAACCAAGUGUAAACUGGCAGGCCUGGAGCCAUUCUCUCAGGAACCUGCUGUGCUGAAGAAGUUUGAGAGAAUGGCAAGUGGAAGAAUCCUUUUGGCAGAGAUCCUGGAAAGAGGGCAGACUCCUCUUGUAGUGUUGUAUGACACGUCACAGGAUGAUGAUGUCAACAUCAAUGCUACCUGUAUGAAAGCCCUUCAGGACAAGACGCUGACCAGUCCUUUGCAGGUGAACAGUGCAUACAUGAAUGUGACUGUAGGCAGUGUCUGCUCAGAUGGAACCCUCUACUGCCAACUGCCCUCCAGAGGCCUCGCUAAGCUCAAUGACAUUCUGGAGAAAAUAGACACGUGCUUCCACUCACAGGUAACAUCAGAGUUCCUGGUUUCCAGACCCUUCUGUGGGAAACGAUGCCUAGCUCGUUACAAAGGCAAAUGGUCCCGUGUAGAGAUCACAAACCUCCAUGGCAGCAGAGUGUUGGACAUCCUGUUCAUCGAUGUGGGUGUCCAGGCUUCUGUAGAGGUGUUUGAGCUGAGAGAGCUACCAAGGUCCUUUCUUCAUGACCUCAUGUCAAUCCCACCCCAGGCUGUGAAGUGCUGUCUAGCAGACCUGGCUGUCAGUGUUGGAUCGUGGACUCCAGAUGUGGUCCAGUGGCUCAGAGAGAAAGUGCUCAACACCACAGACUGUAGCAUGAAGGUUGCCAAGAUAGAUGAAACCAAGCAGUGCGUAUGUGUCCACCUGUUCACUGACAAGAACUUCCACAAGCAGGAGCACAGCCUCAAUCAUCAGAUGGUCAAGUCUGAACUGUUCAAACAGAGACCAGAUGUUUUCCUGACAAGCCACAGCCCUGCCAAGAUAUCGAAGCCCAAUGUAUCCUCCAAGACUUCAACAACCAGUGAAUCAUCUGAUGGGAGUCCAGUGUCGUCUUCUGUUCCAACCAAGCCUCAUCUCAGGAGGGCUCUAUCGGGACCCAGAGGGGUCAGCGAAGGCAACAAGACCACUUCAUGCCCACCAGAGACACUAUCAUUUCCUUCAUCCCUUCUCCAGCUACCACCAUUACUCCAGCUCCCCCCGGCAGGAAACAACAUGGAUGUGUAUGUAUCAGUGGCUUGCCAUCCAGGCCACUUUGUGCUGCAGCCCUGGAGAGAUAUGUACAAACUGGUGGUGUUGAUGGGAGAGAUGAUUCUCUACUACAAUAAAACCGAGGAGAAACCUCUCAACAUAGAAAAACAUCAGAUAUAUGCUGCGAAAGUGGACAACAACUGGCAUCGUGUGCUGGUGAAAGGAGUUCUCACCAAUGGGUUGGUGUCUGUCUACGAGCUGGACUACGGUAAACAUGAGCUGGUUGGCUGCGCCCAGCUGAGACCGUUAAUCAAAGAGUUUACACAGCUGCCAUUUCAAGGAAUCACAGCUCAGCUGGCUGGAGUGAAGUCAAGGCAGUGGUCAGAGGAAGCGUCCAUGGUUUUCAGGAACCAUGUGGAGAAGAAGCCCCUGGUGGCCCAGCUGGAGGUCUUACAGGAGGCCCCUCAGCCCUGGGACAGAAAGGCAACCGUCUUCCUGGUGGACACUUCACAGGAAGAGAGGGACAUCUGGGUGCAUGACAUCAUGGCUGAAUUUGCUGAUGAGCUGACUAAAGAGCUAUAGACACAUAAGAUCAUCACAAAGUUUGACUUCUGGCAGUUGUGAUGUUGCUCCAUGGAUGCACUUUGAAGAAUAGAGCGAUCUGCUUCAGAUAUAACAUUUUAAAACGUGUUCUUACACACAUGUUUUAAAACAAUGUGAGCAUCUUGCAAAGUGCAGAAAAAUGACUGAAUGAACCUAAAUAAGUUCUAACAAGAUAAGAUAAAAUGUAAACAAUAAAAUGUGCUCCGUGACGUUUCAUAACAUUAACAAAAGUGAAAGCUAACAUUGCUUUAAGAAGAAAAAUCAAAGGAUGAGUCAUUAAGUAAUGGGAGAUCAAUGACGGGGUCAUCAAUUUUCCUAAGUUAGAUUUUCAUGAUUUGAGACAUUAGUUAAGACCUAGAGAACUUUAUGAACACAUCUGCUAUUCAAAUGGAAUUGACUUGAAUUUCAAUUGCCAUUGCCCCUUUGAAGGAUCAUAUUGUGAAUAGAGACUGGUAUACUUCCUGAUGAAGUAAGAAACAACAUGAGGUUUAAUGAGGAUAUACAUGUUAGUUUUGUUUAUCCUAAUAUUAUUUUGUUAAUUAGUGAAACAUCCUGGCAAUACACAUACAGCGGGCAAGCCUAUAUGCUUUGAAACCUUUGUAUGAUAUAAAGAAUUGUUUAAAUAAGUUGCUUUGGUUUGUGACAAACUGUAAACAAACAGACAUCUGCAUAUUCAAGUGAAGACUCACUACUUUACUGCUGCUUCAGUAAUCUCUUCUCCUCCUAUGAAGACCUGAACUCAUGGUGAAUGUUUUGAGGAGUUUAGGAAUAUACAUUUUUUGUUUGCCUGACAACAAAGUUUUAAUUUCAGCAGAUGGCGCAUUUUUCCACCUUUUCUAACAGUGUGCACAUUUAGUUUGAUGUGAUAACAAUGAAUCACUGCUUUAGUAUCUCAAACUCUAUAGUAUCAUUUCUAUAUAUCAAAGUUAAGUUUAGUGUUUUGGAAAGGGCCUUCAGUUGUUGCUCAACCUUUAUAGUUUUUCUCCUGGCAGCAGUGCAGUCAUGGUGGCCCAAAAGAAUUGGUUGAUUAAAGCUUGGACUUCUGGUCACUCCCUUCUCAAACAAACUACAUUUCAAACCUCAAAAAUGUCUUCCAGAAAUAUGAGUGCAUUUGACAGUGUUUUUCCAGACUUAGAUUUUCAGUUCUAUUUAUUUGAUCUUUUUCUCUUCUAUUGAUGAUGAACUAGUGGUGUUUAAUCACUUGUUGAAAUAAAGUGUCUUUAAGAGUUUUCAUAGUAAA